UAAAACUUCGAUAGCUUGAUAUCGAUACUUUGGUGGUCGCCCCUAAGAACAACAACAAGUAUAAAAACCAAAACAAAACGUGCAACAGGAGUUAAAUAAAAAUUAACAUAAGAAACACUGGCAAAUAAGACAUCUUAUGGCUAACGACUUAAAGUUAAUAUUGGAGCUCAGCGCUGGCGCGGAACUUCUGUUUGGCAAUAUCAAACGCCGACAACUCUCAUUGGAUGGCUCACAGAAAUGGACCAUUGGUAGUUUACUGAAAUGGAUGCAUGCCAAUAUAUUGACCAGAAGCCCCGAACUUUUCAUACAAGGCGACACUGUGCGACCCGGCAUUUUGGUGCUAGUCAACGAUACCGAUUGGGAGCUACUUGGCGGUCUAGACUAUGAGUUACAGCAAAAUGAUAACAUUUUGUUUAUAUCCACGCUACAUGGCGGCUAAAAUCAAUAUUCUAAUUAAGCUGCAAAGAGUCGUUUAUAUUUUUGUACAAAAUAAAAAAAAAAAUCGAAAAUU